AUGACCAGUGUCCGCAGUAAACUUAUUGAUUCUAUCCAAGAUCACUUGGAUGUUUUAUUUAAGAAUUCACCGCUAAUUCCCGAAGCUCCCAUGGCUGCUGGCGUGUAUAUAACUAGUAUUUCUGGAACAGAUCUAUUGUCUACUUUCUCUAAUUUGAUCUAUAUUGUAGAUAAUAUAAACCCUGCCCAGCUGGGCAAUUUUGUUCCUGACAAGCUGAUGGCAAUUACUGUUGAGGUUAUUGCCGGUGCCGUCUUCCUAGAAACAAGCUGGGUUCGAGCAGCAUUGCAGAGAAUUGCGGAUGCAUUAGGCCUGGCAUGGCCAGAUUCUUGA